UUGCAAACAUAUAUUCAAACGGCUAGUUUCUUCUUCGCAGAUCAUAAUCACACAGCAAAAAACAUAAGGAAGGGAAAAAAAACCAUUUGCUCAUCAAAUUCUUCACUCCAAAACCCAAGCAACUGUCAUCGUUUCUGCCUUUUCCAUCAUCUCCGCAAUUACGUUUCUUUCCGCCGCCAAUUUUUAAUUUGAUACUCAACAACGCCGAUCGCUGUGAAAAUUCGUUCGGUUUAUCACUGAAUUGGCGAUUUGGGGGAAAAAGAAAUGGAUCUUGGAUGUAUUGACAUGGGUUGUGUUGAGAAAGAUCGCAGUCCGAAGGAGUCGACCACGUCUGCUUCUAAGCUUGGAAAGAAUAAAGUAAAGGAUGCGAUAAGGUCUAGCUCAAAUGCACUGAACAAACUCACAUCUCAAAUCUCUAAGCCUCCUCGUCGUAAAACUUCUCCCCUUAAUUGGUUCCCACGGAAGAAGGUGGAGCCUUACCUUAAGAGGAAACUGAAAAUGCUUCAGGAAGUAGAUGGUAUGCAUCUGACUCUCGUUGAAACUCUGGGGGAUUCAAAUCCCCAUUACUCGAGAGUAUUGAGGGAAAAGAUUGCAAUAAGAGAAGCUGCACAGAAAGCAAUGGAGGCAAGAAAGGCAGCAAUGGUGGAAGCAUCAUGGUGCCGUAUACUUAAGGCAGCCAGGAUUGAAAGUAAAGAAGCAGAAGAGCAGCUAUCAAAAGCAGAACUUUCUGCUGCCGAAGCUUUUGAAGCUGCACGGGUAGUUGGUGUGAUCAUGAAUGGUACACCGGAUUCUGGCACAGGAGGAUCAACCACCCAUAAGGUCUCAGCAACCUUUGAAAGUGCAUUUUCUGUUGAUAAUCAAGUAGCUGCUGCAGUUAAAGCUGCUUUCGUCAAGCUUGCAAAUUGCCACUCUAUCAACAAAGAUGAGUUUAAGGAAUUGUUGCACAAAAUCAGCGAGAACCCUGAUUCGGAUGACUUGUCAGCAAUCACUUCAGAAUGUGAUUCUGAUGAUGCCGGUUCAGAUGCGGAAGCAGGAUCCUGUAAGGAUAGUUCAAAGGAGCAGAGAAAAAGGCCAGAGUCGGAUAAGUUUAAUAUGACUAAUAUUGUCGAAAUGAUGCUUGGUCGACUUCAAUGCUUAAAAGAAGAGGAACUGGCUUCUCUUGCAACCAUAGUUGCAACAAGUGGCCUAAAUGCUGCAUUGGCUGAAACAGAAAACAGCUCGACCGUUCAAAACACUGAGAAUUCUUGUCCCAAAGUCUCAAGGAGGUCGUCUGUGUGUGGGAGAGCAACAAAGAGUUCUAGGGGCGCUGUCGAGGAAGAAAUUCCUGGCCUGGGCCAGUUUCUAGUUAAACGCUUAACAAGACUUGAAAGAGAGAUAUUAGAAGCCAAAAAUGCCAGAAAAAACGAAGCUAGUGAUGGAAGUAAAGGGAGUGGUGAUGAGAAGCUUCUUUCUGCCAAUGAUUCAAGUUCGAGGUCUAAAGCGAAUAUCAAGGAUGAUGGCGCAGCGGUUCCAGACUUGGGAAGUGUACUGACGAAGCAUAAAUCAAAACUUGAGAAGGAGAUCGAAGAAGCAAGGAGGAAUGGUAGAUCAUCAAGAGGAGCACCCCGUGCAAAACAAGAUGCCACAGAUAUUCCUAGCCUGGAUAAAUAUUUGGUGAAGCGUUUGACAAGGCUUGAAAUGGAGGUUCAAGAAGCUCGGAACAGAAACAGAUUGCAGCCAACGGAAAAGGCAAGCAGUCAUCCAUCAGAUGCUAAAACUUCAGAAGAUAUCCUCCCUAUUGGUACCAAUGAGGAUUCCCAAGGCAAAGAGAAUAUAGACCUUAACAUGAUUGAGAACCAAAAUACUGUUAAGAGGAAAGAAGCUCAAACUGGUUCAGAAUCAGAUCACUUGGUGCAGAAAGAGGAACGAAACACAGUUAGAGUUCAAAAGCUCCAAAGAAAAAGCCAAGAAAGCGGCGCAAAUUAUGAGAGCCUAGACAAAGUUCUAGUAAAGCAUGUCUCAAGACUGGAAAAGGAAAAACUAGAAUUUUGUGCAUAUGAAAGCAUGCAAAUGAAACCGCAGCGCAAGGACAGUGGUAGAGAAAUGGAAAGCAGUUUGGACCUAGUUCUAGUGAAGCACAAGUCAAAACUGGAAAUGGCAAAAAUGGCUGCUGAGCAGCAACAAGAAGAGGAUAGCAGCAUCAGGCAUUCAGUGACUCGUCGUGAAGCUAGGGAGCGAGAGCUGCAAGCAGCAUGGGGAGGCAUGAGCCUAGGAAACUCUAUGCGCCCUCAUGUCUCAAGGCUUCAAAGAGACAAGGCUGCUUGGCUUGAAGCAGAAGAAGAGGAGAAGAAUAUUGAGGUGCAGUCUUCCUCAACUUUGUGCUAGACUCUUUGGUAUAUUUGUUUGCACCAGUUGCUAUCUAACAUUUCUCAUAGGCAAGCAUCAGUAUAAUUCUUUAUAUGGGUGGUGUCAAAUUGUCAAUAUUGAAGUUUUUUUCUACUGUCUCUUUUGAGGUGAGAGGUUGUUUAAGACCAUCCCCAUUGUGUUCUCUGUGUAAUCUAAUUAUCACAUGUGAAGGGGCCUAUAAAUUGAAUCUUGUGUCACUACUAUUGUUUAA